AUGGUCUUACCAACGGACAGUGAAUUCGUUUUGAAGCAACGGAUCCGACGUCAUGUCAUAUGUGGAAGGACCGUCCGGAAUCGGAAGCAAGCGCCUUUCGUGCUCAACUACGAGCAGCGGGCCGUUUGUCCUUAUCGUCACAUUACCAACAGGAAUUCAAACAGAGUUCCUGAAAUUUUGGAAGAAGUUGUUUGUGAAUGUGAUCGACCGUCACAUCUUUCUCCUUAUACAGAAAUCCGAUGUCAGCCUGUUAAAUAUAGAAUGCCAGUGCUGUAUAAGGACGAAACAACUCAUGAGUUCAUAGCUAGCCACGAAGAACUUACAUUAGCGUGUAUACCCCUCGUACCUAAAGAAGAUGACGAUUCUUUUGAAAUUCAACCGUUGAAUUGA